AUGGGCGCGCGCGCGUCCUCGGGGCCCCUGCCCCGUCCCCGUCCCCUUCCCCUUCCCCGCGCCCUGUGCCGGGCCGAGCUGCUGCUGCUGCUCCUGCUGCUGCCGCUGGCGCUGCUGGCCCCGGGCGCGCUGGGGGCGCGGGGGCGCAGCGGCCCCGACAAGCCGGGCUCCCGGCGCGGCGCCAGCUCCUUCUCGCAGAGCCUGGGCGGCCUGUUCGGCGACGACAACGUGCGCGCCGCGCAGAAGUUCCUGACCAGGCUGACGGAGCGCUUCGUGCUGGGUGUGGACAUGUUCGUGGACAGCGUGUACAAGGUGUGGGCCGAGUUGUUGGACGUGCUGGGACUCGAUGUGACCAACCUGUGGCAGUAUUUCAACCCCGCGACAGUGGCCACCAGCCCGGCCCGCGCGCUCCUGCUGGUGGCCGUGGUCCUCCUGGCCUACUGGUUCCUGUCGCUGGCCCUGGGCCUCGCCUUCAGUCUGCUGCACAGCGUGUUUGGCCGCGCCUUUUGGGUGGUGCGUGCCGUGCUCUUCUCCAUGUCCUGCGUGUAUGUCCUGCACAAAUACGAGGGCGAGCCCGAGGGCGCCGUCCUGCCCCUGUGCUUCGUGGUGGCCGUGUACUUCAUGACCGGGCCCGUAGGCAGUUACUGGCGGAGCCCGCCCAACGGGACCAGCAUGGAGGAGAAACUGGAACAUCUGGAGAGUCAGGUGAGGUUGCUCAACAUCCGUCUCAACCGAGUCCUGGAGACUCUGGACCACGCCAACAGCAAGUGACAAUCAGCCGGCCGGCCUGGGCCCCCCGCCCCAGCGCCCCCCGCCCCCCGGAAGCAGAAGAAAAGACGCAAGAAGAGAAGCAGCAACCCCAAACCAUCCUGAUAAACCAUGUGGAGCAGCAGAUGGCA